GCGUAGAAUAUUGUGUUUUCUCCUUUUCACGGUAUCCAGAUGGCAAGUAAAUAAUUGCAAGUUAAAAAUGGUUAAUUGGCUUCUUGUAAAAUUCCGUUGCACACAAAAUGGGAGUCGACUGUCUGUAACAAGAAAUUUAAAAGUCAGGAAGCCCUUUGGCGCAAAUGGCAUUUCUCCACUCGGCAAUCGGCAUUCGAUGUCAAAUACAACCAAAGCUACGCCCCAGCGUUAUACCAAACCGAACCUCCCUGAACCCGACAGAUCGCAGCACCUCCCCGCCGGUCCAUCGCCGGAUCCGCUGCUCCAAGAUGGCGCUUUCGUUUCCCCCGUUUCCGGGUCCUCCGGGGUCGAAGCUACACCGCUGGGCGACAACCAACAGCCUAACUCCUCUGCAGCUAAUGCAGCGGCGGAAUCUUCUCGAUCGCGGACGAGAGUGUCGGAGACGAGCUGGUUGCCGCCGGGGUGGUUGGUGGAAGACAGGGUCAGAAGUUCGGGUGCGACGGCUGGGACGAUAGAUAAGUACUACUUUGAUCCUGUCUCGCGCCGGCGGUUUAGGUCCAAGCGAGAGGUGCAGUAUUUUUUGGAGACGGGAAGCGUGAAGAAGCAAAAAAAAGCAGAGAGCUCCGAUGCUAAUGCUAAUUCUGCAGAGGGAUCCAGUGCUAAGAAAAGCAAGACGCCUAAAAAGGAAGCUUGGGUAGCUUCUCAUUUGGACUUCAAUUUUUCCAAUGUGCCCGACAGUGUUGAAUGGAUCCUUGCAGAUGCGACUAAAGGUACCUGGACACCGUCUGUCGCAGGUAAAAAGCCUUCUGAUUCCGAGAGGCAAAUCUGGGACGCUACCUUCAAGUAUUUGGCUGCUAGAACUGCAGAAUAUACAGCAAAAGGAAAGCAUCUGAAAUGAAACAUAGUCCCUCUCUCAGUGGCAGCUUUUGCUGUUCGGAUAUCUUCCACUUCAUUUUUCGAGCCCCUCCUCCAGAGUUUGUUUCAACUUGCAAGAUACUUCCGUCGGAGGCUGUAUUUUAGUGUAUGGUGAGGUCUUCCAUUCACCAAUGUACUAUAGACUGUAUCCUCCUACCACUCCAGUAGUACCUGCAAACGCAAGAAUAUAAGCCUGCAGAUGGUUUUAUUUUCUUGAUGCAGCUUUACUGAAACUAGAGACUGUGAUUAGGACGUUUUUUAGAUUCAAAGUAAACCCAUGCUCCUCCAGCCAAGAGGCAUUUGUGUUUGUGUAGUUGUAUCUGUAUUGGGGAUAAUUUUUGUUGACCAGAGUCUGGUAUGGGCACAAGUCUUCUUUCUUGUUCGGGUCGUCUCAUUUAGUUGGUUAUGUAUUAAAUUCAUUUUAUUGUUUGAUCGUGCUUAUUCUAUUUUCGACUCAUCUCAGCUCGUAUCAUGGUUUAACCAAAGGUGUCAAGUGUUGGCUUAAAGCUAGUCUUGAACUUUACUAUUAAUGCUUAGCUUUAGGGGUGGGCAAGAAAUGUGUUAGGAACGGAACAACAAAUGGGGACGAGGUUAUCGAAUUUGGAGCUAAGUCGCGGACUAGGUCGCUCUUUUUUAGACGUUCACGACACUGCUCUCGAUGCGUACGGCAGACUAUUAAUCGGUUGUCUCCAGGAUAAAACAGCUCCUCGAAUGUUCGGCGGUUUUGUGCGAAAAUCGGAGCUCUCUGAACACUCUCUCUAUUGUGUUUCUGCUCGUUGUGGUGUGUUUAGAGGGGCUGGGGAGACAUCUAUUUAUAGGAGCCGAACCCCUAGGAAUAUACCCUCUAACUUGGGAAAUAAGUCGGAUUAAUUAAGAAAGAUAAUUACUUCCUCAAUUAAAACCCGUCUGUAAGAUAAUUCCUGCGGGAUUAUCCUUCGAAUAUUCCUUUUAAUCGAUUAUCUUUAGAAUAUUCCUUAGAAUAACCGAUUAAUAAUAACUUAUUAGAUAAAUAAUUUCGUUCGGGAUUUAUCCAAAAAAUACAUAUAGUCUCAAGUGAACCUACCGACCGACCAUUUGGUAGGACGGCGCGCGUGCGUGUGUGGUGGUCCGUUAAGUCCUCCCUCUCCCACAAAAGUGGGUCACCCCAAGGGGCAUGCCCUUAGGAGAGAGACUCCUAUCUUUAUACACAUUUCACCAAGUAAAACUACCAAUGUGGUAGUUUUUCCACUUGAGACACUAUAGUUUUCAAAGCUAUUCAUUCAUUUCCAACAAUCCCCCACUUGAAUAGUUUUGAAACUAUCUCUGAGCAUCAACAGUUCCAUAAGAUCGGGCAUAAGCUAAGGUAUCGCGAAGAUUUGAACCUUAGCGUAGUGGUUACACUUCCGAUUUCAUAAGGGUGACUCGUAGUCUUGAACCCUAUCUCAGACAGUGUAGCACACCGGAUCUUUUCAUUGAGUUGUGUUCUUUUCUUAGCCCAUGCGUUUAUGGCCAUGCACGUUAUUCUGAUUUAGUGAACGCUCUAGCAACUUUGUGCCUCCAAAGUUCCAUAGUGAGCAGCCCCACUCCCACAUUCACAUAGGUGAGUCUAUCAGGAGUACCCCCAAAGUAAAGUACUCCACCCCAACUAGGGUAUAGAUCUCAAUAAGAGUUAUUAACUCAACCUCCAUUGCUUUGGGAUUCAUACUUCACUAUGCAUGAAAUUUUCGCAUACUGCUCAUGACUUGUUAAUAUCCAUUGAACCCAUUUCUUGGGAUCUCCAGUCUAUUGGGUCGGGUUAGCAUCACUUGUAGUCUGUGGUUCAGUAUGCAUAAGUCUCAUACCCUUGGCGGUAUUCUGGACUUUCUCUCUAAGUAAUCCUUUCGUCAAAGGAUCAGAUAGAUUCUGUUUGGAUCUAAUAUGAUCCACCCUCAUUGCUCCUAUCUUUAGGAGUUCUCUUACAGUACUGUGCUUACGACGAAGCUGUCGUUUCUUCCGUUAUAGAACAGGUUCUCAACUUUAGCGAUAGCUGCGGUACUAUCACAAUGGAUCAAUACCGGAGGGACCGUCCUUUCCCAUAGGAGAAUCUCUGACAACAAUCAUCUCAACCAACUCGCUUCUUCACUGGCCGUUGCUAGUGCUAUCAUCUCUGAUUCCAUAUUUGAUUGAGCUAGGAUUGUUUGUUUCUUUGACUUCCAAGACACAGCUCCACCAACGAUGUUAAAAACAUACCCACUGAUUGCCUUGGAGUCAUUUGAUAGGGUAUUCCAAUCCGCAUCACUUCUAGUACAACAAGAAACCUUUGAUAGUGUAUACCAAGGUUUGCUGUUCUCUUGAGGUAUCUCAUGACCCUCUCUAUAUUAUUCCAAUGCUCUCUACUAGGACAGGUGUUAAACCUGACAAGCAAUCCCACGACAUAUGCAAUGUCUGGUCGAGUGUAAUCCACAGAAUAACGGAGACUGCCAAUGAUGCUAGCAUAUUUUGAUUGUCUUACACUGUCUCCAGUGUUCUUAAAUAGUUUUACACUAGCAUCAUAUGGAGUACACGCAGGUUUACAGUCGAAAUAGUUAUAUUUUUUCAAGAUCUUCUCUAUGUAGCUAGAUUGAUCUAGAGAAUAACCAUUUGUUGUUCUAGUUUUUUGGAUUCCAAGCAUAAACUUUGCUUCUCCCAGAUCUUUCACCUCAAAGCUCUCUUUCAACAUGGCUUUUGCUUCAUUGACCACGUGAAUAUUUGUACCAAAUAUUAACAUGUCAUUUACAUACAAACAUAUGAUAGUACAAGUGUUAUUCUCUGACUUGCAGUAGAUACAUUUGUCACUUUCAUUCACCUCAAAGCCAUGUGAGAGAACGAGAGUGUCAAACUUCUCAUGCCACGGUUUUGGAGCCGGUUCCAUAUAAUGAUUUUUCUAACUUACAGACAUUCGAGGCAUGUUCAGGGAUAACAAACCCUUCUGGUUGUUCCAUAUAUAUUUCUUCAUCCAGAUCACCGUUCAAAAAAGCAUUCUUAACAUCCAUUUGGUGUACCACGAGAUUGUUCAAGGCAGCAAGAGCAAUCAUGACACGAAUGGAUGUUACUCUAGAUACUGGUGAAUAAGUAUCUAAGAAAUCU